AUGACUUCGUCCAACGCCGGCCAGAACGGCCAGGCGCCCGUGCCGACCACGCCGCCCCCAAAGAACAAGACGUCGCCAGCCUCCGCUCGACACAAUUCCGACGACAACAACGCGACCCAGCCCGACCAGCCGCGCGCCGAUGCAUCCACCACCGCUGGGAACACCAAGAACGACACGUCUACCAACCGUCACACCACUCCCGUCGCCGUCGAUACCGUCAUGACCGAUGCCGACGCCGCGACCACCGCGAUCACGACCGCCCUCCCCGCAGCAUCGCAGCCCGCUCCAGCCGCCCCGAUGGAUGCCGAUCCCUUCAACUCCUCCUUCCCCCAUACCCCAAUGCCCAACAUGGACCACGCCUACAUGAUGAUGGCUCUCGCGCAUAUGGCAAACAACCAGAUACCCAACCAGAUGUCGCCACCUCCGACUGUCACGCCAGCCCAGGUCACGCUCCCGACCAUGAGCAAUGGCAACGACCCGCUCGUCGCAAGCACUCAGAACCUCGCGGCCGCCACACAAGGCCUGGAGUCCUUUGCGCGAAUAGAAUUCGCCGACAGUGUCUUCCAGAUGACCACUUACGCCGUCAUCAUCGGCCGUGAUCAGAAGGCCAUGAUCCAGGCGCGACGGGACGAGAAGCGCAAUGCCGAACAUCGGAGAAGAGUUGAGGAGUACGAGGCUCUGGGACUGCCGCCCCCCUCUCCCGUCAGGAAUGACCGCAUCAAGUUCAGCAAAUCGUACGUCAGUGAAGAAGGAGGCAUGUUGGGACCCGAGUCCGACAGUGAGGAAUCCGGACGGCCAGCGAAGCGACGUAAGACCACUAGUACUGGAUCGUCGCAAAGACCCGAAGAGGAAGAAGCACAGGAGAACCUCAUAUCCAACAGACAGUACGUAUCGCAUACACCGGGCGCCGCUGCUGUCGACCUCGCAUCUCUGCGGCCCUCUCCUCACCACGUUCCGCUGGUCGGCAUCCAUUCACCCGGACCCGACAUCGCGACCAAGACCAAGGCCAUCUCAAGAGAACAUCUCAAGAUCCAGUUCAAUCGUGCUGAGUGCGUGUUUGAGGCUAUUCCAUUACACAAGAAUGGCUUCUUUUGCGAAGAUGUUCACCACAAAGACGGAGUAGUCGUGCUUCGGAGCGGCGCCCACUUGCAGAUCAAGGAUGUCGACUUUCGCUUCGUCAUCAAUGGUGUCCCUGAAGGCCGCACUGGCGCGGAAGACUUCGCAGAGGAUAAGGACAAUCUGAAGAAGAGCGGCAGAGCCCAAGGUGGCAAAGAGAUGAGCUUCGAGUUUGAAGCCUCACAUGGAAAUGGCGAGCUGAAUGACUCUAGCGACUCGUCGCUCAGUCCCCCAGCGCCGUCCGAAGAUGAAGAAUCAGAUGCCGACGCCGAGGCAGAGGAUGCGGACGUCGAUGCAGAAGCUGAAGCCGAUGCAGAAGCCGAAGCAGAUGCAGAUGCAGAAGCCGAGGCCGAGGCCGAAGACGAACCCCUCGCAGAAGCAGAUGCUCAGGCUGACGAGGAAGAGGAGGAAGUGGAAGAUGCUGAGCCUAGCACAGAAGUUAAGGCAGAGGAGCCCGAAUUGGGCCACUCAUUACAGCAGCCAUUACCACUGCUUAUUCCAAAGAAAAGGGGCCCUGGCAGACCGCCAAAGAACGGUUUCAUGUCCAAGCGCGAGCAGCGGUUGCUUAAGAAGCAACAGCAAGAGAUGGCCAAGAAGACGCUACCACAACCACCUCCCGGCGAGCCUCCAAUCAAGAGGAAGGUCGGACGUCCAAGAAAGCAUCCGCUCCCUGAAGAAGGGGGACACCGACCAGAGAAGCGCAAAUACAAGCCCCGGAAGCCGAAGGGAGAAGACGGCGCAGAGGGAUCAGACGCAGAGCGACGGGCCAAAGAGAAGAAGGAGAAGAAGGUCCGGCCGAAGUCGCCUCCCUUGGAACUCAAGAUUGAAGACUACACAGAGGAACAGCUUCAGAAGCCCAACAAAAACUACGGAGUUCUCAUUGACGAAACUCUGACUGCGGCGGGACCCGACGGUCUUACACUGAAGCAGAUCUAUAAGCGAAUCACGCAAAGAUACCCCUGGUUCUACUUCCACACAGAGACAAAAGGUUGGGAAUCCAGUGUACGGCACAAUCUCAUCGGGAACGAGGCAUUCAAAAAGGACGACACCACCGGACUCUGGUCGCGUGUGCCUGGUGUGGAGCUUGAUGCCGGCAAGAAGCGAAAGGCCUCAUCGCCGGAUCGCUCGAUGAGUGCCGGUUAUGGUCAUUACAACCACCACCCAACCAGCAACAGCAAUAUCAGCAGCAGCAGCAGCCUCAGCAGCCGCAACCGCAGCAACCACAACCUCAACCGCAGCAGCAACAGGCGCAUAUGCCCCCAGCGUAUCAACAUCUUCCUCAUGCUUACCAUACGCAGGCAUAUGCGGGUCAACAAGCUCAAGCUGCUGCUGCUGCUGCCGCUUCUGCUGCGCGGACACCUCAAUACUCGCCUCCAGCAACGACUCCAGCCCCUGGCCAACCAGCGCAACCCCCGGCAUCUCAACCUGUUGCGCCUGCAACGCUUCCCGGUUAUGGAGCUGCCGCCGCGAUUGCCCGGCCUCAGGGCGUCGCCGCCUGCUCCGGCCGUCCCCCCUGGAGCUCACCCACCACCGAUACCCGCUGCUACACCGCAGCAAACCCGACCCACACCAACGCCACCAGCACCAGCCGAACCUCGUGCAGUCAUCCAACCUCGCCUAUUGUCUGCAGUCAAUGGCCUCAAAAACGGUUUGAUUGACAAUUUGAAGAAAGCGAAGAAUCCGAAGGCCGAAACAAUCGUCAUGUCUGCCCUCAAUCGGGUCCUGGGGCUCAAGAGUGCUGCCACAGAGAAUCAAGCCAUGGAGGACAUUUGCAUGAAGGGCAUGCAAAAAAUUGUCGACGGCUUCUUAGCUCCAGGCAGCAGCACGCCUGGCUCUGGUGGCACACCACAGCCAAGUGGGUCCAACAGCGUCUUCGAGCCCAAAGUCUUCCAGUCCUUGCUUGGGUUUAAGAAUGUCUCGUCCAACGCCCUCAAGGUUAGAAUAGGAGAAGCCAAGGCUGAGGCAGUCACCCUGUCCGCUAUUGACCGAGUGCUCGGCCUAGCCGAUGCAAGUAUCGUGCCCCCAACCGCGGAAGCUACAGCGUCUGGCUCGCCGGCUGCAGGCUUGGAUGGGAUCGAAUCACACCUAAUUAACUCGGUGAAGCAGUUACUGCUAGGUCUAAAUCAGAAGUUGCAUGGAACAUAA